AGUGUUUGGUCCUCACUUCUUACUUGUAGUUCGUUAGAAUUAAGAACGCUCUAGAAUUUCUCUUCCCUCCCUAAAAGAACGUUUCUCCCGCUCACCUCAUUCCAUUCCUACACAGCUUUCCUUCUUCGACUACAUUCAUGGCGAUGGCGUCUACGUUCCUCACAGUUCCAAAGCCCUUUAUCAACAUCCCUAAUACUUCACCUUCCGUAUCUGCACGGCGACUAAUAAUCGGAGGAUUGCGAAGUAGCACUUUGAAAGUCAGCGCAAUUUCUAGGAAAUGGGAGCCUGCGAAGGUGGUUCCUCAAGCUGAUAGAGUUCUCGUCCGUCUUGAGGAGCUUCCCGAGAAAUCAGCUGGUGGAGUUUUGCUGCCUAAAUCAGCUGUCAAAUUUGAGCGAUAUCUUGUGGGAGAGAUUCUAUCCGUUGGAGCAGAGGUUGGAGGAAAUGAUAUUGCACCUGGAAAAAAGGUUCUUUUGUCCGACAUAAAUGCUUAUGAGGUGGAUUUAGGCACAGAUGCUAAGCACUGCUUCUGUAAAGCUGGCGAUUUGUUAGCUGUGGUUGAGUAGAGAAGCUUUCUCCAAUGCUACGUUGCCAGAUCCACAUCAGAUUAGUUCUCUUUCCUGAUUGUCAUUUCUUCUCCAAUAUUUGAUUUUCAUUUUUGUUUUGUUUGAUCUGUGUGACCUGUUUAAAUAUGUUACUUAUUCUCGUUAGAAAGAAUACCUUAAAUUGUUUUUUUUUUUUAAAUCACUCAAACCUUUUCAAAGAAAAACAAGAAUGAAAUAGUUAUGCAAUUAAUUCUUC